GUACAUCGUUGUCAUGGCCAUUGUAAAAUUUCAACUUGAUUCGCAAUGACGCGUUUUUUAGCAGCUAUAUUUUUAUUUGCAAUAAUAUGGAGUGCCCAAAGUGCAAAAAUUUUGGUAAAUUUUCCAAUGCCAGCUUACAGCCAUUUUUCUUUAGGCUUUCGGUUAGCUAAAGAAUUGGCUGAUCGUGGCCACCAGGUCACUGUCAUAAAUCCGUACCCACAGAAAACUCCAAUUAAAAAUUAUAAGGACAUAUCCGUAGAGGAACAUGUAGAAUUUAUUGAAGAAUUGAAGAAAAAUUUAUUUGGAAUGAACAAUAUGGGAUUUGUGUCCAAUAUAAAUUUUCUACUAAUGAUGUGUUCAAACUUAACUGAACGAACAUUUAUUAACAAAAAUGUCCAACAACUUUUAAAUUCUGAGGAAAUUUUUGAUUUGGUCAUCACAGAACAUUUCUUAAACGAAGCUCAUUUUGGCUUAGCUCAUCAUUUUAAAGCACCUCUUGUUGUGGUAUCUCCUGGAGCUGCUAAUUCCUUAACUAAUCAUCUAACUGCUAAUCCAUCCCCUUCCUCUUAUGUCCCCAAUAUUAUGACUGGCUUUACCAGUCAUAUGAAUUUCUGGCAACGUACCACGAAUUUUCUCGCAAACAUCGUAUAUGACGGCAUGAGAGAAGUUAUUAUGAUGCCAAUACAGAGAAAACUUUUCAAAAAAUAUAUAAAAUCCGACUUAGAACUGGACGACGUUUUGUUUAAUGCAAGCAUUGUUUUAACUAAUUCUCACAUUAGCGUGCAAGACGCUGUUCCUCACGUACCAAACAUGAUUGAAAUUGGAGGUUUUCAUGUAAAACCCCCGAAAAAAUUACCGGAUGAUUUGCAAAAAUUUCUCGAUGAUUCCAAGGAAGGCGUUAUCUUAUUCUCGAUGGGUUCAAACUUGAAAAGCAAGGACUUGAAACCUGAGGUUAGAGAAGGAAUUUUGGAAGCAUUCUCAAAGAUUAAGCAAAAGGUUUUAUGGAAGUUUGAAACCGAAUUAGAGGGUGCUCCCAAAAAUGUGAAAAUAAUGAAAUGGUUGCCACAACAAGAUAUUUUAGCACAUCCAAAUAUUGUCAUGUUUAUUUCACAUGGAGGUUUAUUGAGUACUAUUGAAGCUGUCUACCAUGGUGUUCCAAUAGUAGGUAUUCCCGUGUUUGGGGAUCAGGAAGCUAACAUCGCUGCUGCUGCAAGUAAAGGUUAUGCUGUUCGUGUCCCCUUAAAAGAACUAUCCGAAGAGAAACUUUCAUGGGCCUUGAAUGAAAUACUCAAUAAUCCAAAAUACCGAGAAAAUAUCAAACAACGUUCAAAAUUAAUGCAAGAUCAACCAUUAAAACCUCUUGAUUCUGCCAUUUACUGGAUAGAACAUGUCAUACGUCAUAAGGGUGCCCCACAUCUUAGGUCUGCAGGUCUUGAUCUCAAGUGGUACGAAAGGGAAAUGAUCGAUAUUAUCCUCUUUUUAACUCUAGUCACAAUACUGUUGUUUAUAGUUUUUUAUAUAAUCAUUAAAAAAAUUAUUAGAUCGUGUUGCAGAAAGAAACAGGUCAAAGUGUCUAGAACAAAAAAAAAUAAAUAAACGAUUACACUUUU